AUGCCCAGGUCAUGGCUCGCCGGCCUGCGUUCUCGCCUCGGCGGCACCAGCGCCAGCGAGGACGGGCUCGGCAUCCUCGCCUUCGAGGCGGCGGCGGCCAUGUCGCGGCUGGUGUCUCUCCACCGCUCGCUCUCCGACGAGGAGGUCCGGAGGCUCCGCGGCGACGUCCUGCGCGGCGAGGGCGUCGCGCGCCUCACCUCCACGGACCAGCCCCUCCUGCUCCGCCUCGCGUGCGGCGAGCUCCUCGCGGACCUCGACCGCGCCGCCGCCACCGCCGCGCGCCUCGGCGCGCGGUGCCGCGGCCCGGACGCGCCGUUCCUCGGCGGCUUCGACCUCGUCUACGCCGACGCGAAGCGUGGAACCGGCGGCCUCGCGCGGCUCGACGCGGCGGUCGGGUUCUCCCGGGGCGCCGGGAAGCGGCUCAGGAAGAUGGAGCGGCACGUGGCCGCCACGGCCAAGCUCUACGCGGAGAUGGACGCGCUCACGGAGCUGGAGGCGUCGGAGCGGCGGAUGGAGCAGUGGAUGCAGCACAGCGGGCCCAUCCCCGCGCAGUCGUCGUCCAAGACCAAGCGGGACGAGCCGAGCGACAAGCUGUUGCGCGAGCUCAGGCUGCAGCGCCAGAAGGUGCGGCGGCUCAGGGAGGCCUCGCUGUGGAGCGUGCCCGUCCACAAGGCCACCAAGCUCAUGGCCAGGUCGGUGCUCGCCGUGCUCGCGCGCGUCUCCCUUGCCUUCGCCGCGGUCGUGCCGGGCUUGCCGCCCCCGUUAGCAGCCGGCCGCCGGACACGGCCCCCCGGCCACUCGUCCGGGCCCAUGCACCAGCCGACGACGAUGGCGCCCGACGCGGCGAUCCGGCACUCGGCUCCGAUAUUCCGGCAGAACGACGCCGCCUCGACGACGUCGUCGUCGUCACAGUCAAUCAAGCCGCCUGCGACCACGGUCGGGGGCUCGGGAAUGGAGCUGCGCUACGCGAACGUUAUUUUGUCGGCCGAGAUGCUGCUCUCGGCGCUGAGACCGGCGACCCGCGACGAAGACGUGCAGGACGGGAUGAUGGAGCUGUCCAUGAGAGACGAGCUCUACAAGAUGCUGCCCGUGACCAUCCGCUCGGCCGUGAAGGCCAAGCUGAUGGUGAGGCUGAGAGGACAGCAGGUGGACGACGAGGCUGCCGCGGCGGCGAUGGACGCCGUGGAGAGGGUGCUGCGGUGGCUGGGUCCGAUGGCGCACGACACGAUGCGGUGGCACGACGAGAGGGGAAUGGAGCGGAAGCAGCGGUUCAGCAUGAGCCCACGAGUGCCCAUGGUGCAGACGCUGCAUUUCGCGGACCGUCGGAAGGCGGAGGCUGCCAUCGUGGAGGUGCUCGUGGAGCUCAGCUGCGUCUGCUGGUACGAAGACCAGCGGCGCCGGCCGGCUGACUGGGACGACUAGCUGGGCUGCCGCUCCGUGCAUUGUGUUACGUGUAAAUAUUACCACAAACAUGUAGGAAAAACAUUUGUGUACAUACAUGCAUUAGCGGAGAAGUCAAUUGGUAUGAUAAAAAAAGAUUUGACAUAAACAUAGUAGCUCUUUAUUCAUUCAUCAUCAUAGUUACAUCAUUUACUCAGAGGGGUACAGUAAAAUCAGGGGGCUCAUCAAGCAACCAAAAAUUGUG